AUGGGCUUGAUGGACCGCAGGCGGCUGGUGGAGGCGCUGGCGUUUCUGCUGAAACUCUUAAUACUUCGGAAGAAGCUGACCUGGCAGCCUCUCGGCUGGUUUCCGGGGACUCUUACGGCUUUUUUUCUUCUUCGUCUGCAUCUUCGUCUUCACCAUUCCAAUCUUCCUUGGAUGCAUUACCUGAACUUGAUAAAUCCAGAAUCACUUCGUAUAGUAGCGUCUUCCUGCCCCAUAGAUUAG